AUGAGCAGACACAAUCACAUCCACCACUAUUCCAACCCUGCCUACGUCCAAAAUGCCGCUGUUCAUAUUGACUACGGUGACAACAGCAAUGAUGACCCUGCCUAUCCUCCCCCUGCUGGCAGGCCCCGCACUCGGCCCCGGUAUUAUGAGGAGCCUAUGUAUCUGUCCAUUCGUCUCUACCUCAUUGCUGACCCAUACUGA